ACAUACAACCCCUUCAAACUGCAAGCUUCAAACUAGUAUAUAUACGUGUAUGUAUGUGCAAGCCACUCCCAUCAAAUCAUAAAUAAAAUCAUGCAGUGAGUUAGAUAUUUAUUCGUUAAUGCACAACUGUACAGCGCAGCUUAUCCGAAAUUCAAAGUUAGAUCAGAUUCGAACACAGUUUACAGCCUCUGACGAAUCGCAACCGUCGUUUCUUUCCUCUUCCGUCCCUGUCCUUUUCUUCCAACGGCUACUAAAAACCCCUCAGCUUUCAAUGCCCAUCAACUGCUAAUCUUCUUGCCCCUAUUGCUCGUAGUGUUCUAAGCUUCAAGAAAAGCUAAAACCCAGGUUUUGCAGAGCUGAAACUCGCGGAAAUUAAGAAAGUUUUGAUUUUGCAGAGGAAUUUUGUUAGGUUUUUAGGAUGGAUUUCAGUUCUUUCUUGACGUCGUUAGGGACGUCGUUCGUGAUAUUCGUGGUGCUGAUGAUGCUUUUCGUGUGGCUGUCGAGGAAGCCAGGGAACGCCGUCGUUUACUACCCCAACCGGAUACUUAAAGGGUUGGAUCCGGUUGAAAACGGGUACGUUUCCCGGAACCCGUUUUCGUGGAUCCGGGAGGCAAUCUCUUCCUCUGAAGCAGAUAUCAUCACUAUGUCUGGCGUUGAUACGGCUGUCUACUUUGUCUUCCUCUCCACUGCCUUGGGGAUAUUGGUCUUUUCUGGCCUUAUACUGCUGCCAACACUUCUACCAGUUGCUGCAACUGAUCAUAGUGUGAGGUUAAACAGUACCACAAGCAACGGGACUUUCAACGAACUUGAUAGGCUUUCUAUGGGGCAUAUUGGAAACAAUAGUCCGCGAUUAUGGGCGUUUCUUAUUGCCACAUAUUGGGUUUCUGUGGUUACGUACUUCUUUCUUUGGAAAGCAUACAAGCGGGUUUCUGGUUUGAGAGUUGAUGCUCUAAUGUCUUCCGAGGCCCGAGCUGAGCAAUAUGCGAUUCUUGUCAGAGACAUUCCUCCUGUCCCCGAGGGUCAAUCUAGGAAGGAACAGGUCGACUCCUACUUUAGUAAAAUCUACCCGGAGACGUUUUACAGAUCAAUGCUGGUGACAGACAAUAAGAAGGUUAAUAAAAUCUAUGAAGAGUUAGUAGGGUACAAAAAGAAGCUUGAACGAACAGAAGCCAUAUAUGCAAAGUCGAAAGAAACAAAACCUGAUGGACCAAAACCCACACAUAAAACCGGCUUCCUUGGUAUUGUGGGUGAAAAGGUGGAUUCGAUAGAGUUCUAUAACGAGAAAAUUAAUGACUUGACUUCGAAAUUGGAAGCUGAACAGAAGGUGACUCUUAAGGAGAAACAGCAAUGUUGUGCUAUCGUCUUUUUCAACAGCAGGGUGACUGCAGCAUCUGCGUCGCAGAGUUUACACUCCCCGAUGGUUGACAGAUGGACGGUCACUGAUGCUCCUGAACCGCGCCAAUUGAUUUGGACUAACCUUGCUAAGGGGUUUUACCAGAGGAUAGUUCGUCAAUAUGUUAUCUACUUCAUUGUCUUCUUGACAAUAUUCUUUUACAUGAUCCCAAUUGGCUUGAUUUCGGCUCUAACAACCCUUGAGAAUUUGAGGAAGUACCUCCCGUUCUUGAAGGUCAUUGUUGAUCAAACCGUAAUCAAGACGGUGCUUGAAGCAUACUUGCCUCAACUCGCUCUCAUUGUAUUCCUCGCUUUGCUGCCAAAGUUUCUUCUGUUCUUAUCCAAGGCCGAGGGCAUUCCUUCAGAAAGCCACGCAGUGAGGGCUGCUUCCGGGAAGUAUUUUUAUUUUACAGUGCUGAAUGUUUUCAUUGGCGUCACGAUUGGUUCCACGCUUUUCGAUACAUUGAAGUCAAUUGAGGAUAACCCCAACAGUAUAAUUUCUUUGCUGGCAACAAGUCUCCCCAGCAGUGCAACCUUCUUCCUGACUUUUGUGGCUCUAAAGUUCUUUGUUGGCUAUGGUCUCGAGCUGUCGAGAAUAGUUCCUCUAAUAAUCUUCCAUCUAAAGAAGAAGUACAUGUGCAAAACUGAUGCCGAGAUAAAGGAAGCCUGGGCUCCUGGAGAUCUAGGAUAUGCAACUCGAUUUCCUGGUGACAUGCUGGUUCUCAUCAUUUGUCUUUGUUACUCAGUCAUUGCUCCAAUCAUUAUUCCAUUUGGGGCGGUUUACUUCGGCUUGGGAUGGCUUCUUCUUCGCAAUCAGGCACUGAAAGUGUACGUUCCAUCGUUCGAGAGCUACGGGAAGAUGUGGCCGCAUAUGCACACUCGGGUGGUGGCUGCCUUGAUUCUGUAUCAGCUGACGAUGAUCGGUUAUUUUGGGGUGAAGAAGUUUCCCUAUGCCCCACUCGUCAUCCCGCUUCCAAUACUGUCCUUCCUCUUCGCCUUUGUGUGCAGUAAGAAAUUCUACCGAUUCUUCCAAAGCACAGCCCUGGAAGCAGUUUCUGCAGGCAAAGAAAAAAAAGAAGUUCCCAACAUGGAUAUCAUCUUCAGGUCCUUCAUCCCCCCAUGCUUUGGUACUGAGAAGUCCGACGAAGAUCACUUCGAAGAUGCUUUGUCCCAAGUUUCGAGAUCAGCUUCCAAUGUCUGAUUACAUCAAUUUGUUUCUGUAUGUUUCCAUGGUGUGUGUUCACAUUAUGUUCCUCAAAAACUGUUGGUUGGUCUAUUCAUGGUUUCUUGUGAAUACAUUAGUUGAUAGUGCAGGGGGUUUGUCAAUAUCAAUAUAUCAUCGUGGAUCAGCAUAUAAUAUAUUCUGUACGUGUGGAUUUUCUUCUUGUUUAGUUAGAAUAUAAUUCGAUUUGAUGUAUUAUAACCUUUUAUUUUA